AUGCACAACUCAUGAACUAGAGCGAGGCAGACAAAGGCAAAAAGAGCUCGUGCCGCUUUCCUGCAGCAUCCACACCCACCCACUUCGCUCCAUACACUCCAGCGCGGACUCCCCAGAGCUCUCCACAUUCAGCACCCGUCUACCACGGACCCUCCCGGACCUCUGUUGCCAUGGAGCUGGACUUCGGCCAUUUUGACGAGCGCGACAAGCCCCGUACCCCACGGGGUGGGCGCAUGAACGGGCUGCCCAGCCCCACCCACAGCGCCCACUGCAGCUUCUACCGCACGCGCACCCUGCAGGCCCUCACCAACGAGAAGAAGGCCAAGAAGGUGMGGUUCUACCGCAACGGAGACCGCUACUUCAAGGGCAUCGUGUACGCCGUGGCCGUGGAACGCUUCCGCACCUUCGACGCCCUCCUGGCCGACCUGACGCGCUCCCUCUCCGACCACAUCAACCUUCCCCAGGGGGUCCGCUUCAUCUUCUCCAUCGACGGAAUGCGCAAGAUCACCACCAUGGACGAGCUGGAGGAAGGAGAGAGCUACGUCUGUGCGUCCGAGAACGUCUACAAGAAGGUCGACUACACGAAGAACGUCAACCCCAACUGGUCUGUGAACGUGAAGGCCUCGGCCAGCCAGAAGAACCUGCAGAGCCUAGCCAGUAAGCAGGCCAGCGAAGCCCGGGAGGGUAAGGAGUUUGUUCGGCCCAAGCUGGUGACGGUGAUGCGGAGUGGCGUGAAGCCGAGGAAGGCCGUCCGCGUGCUGCUCAACAAGAAGACCGCGCACUCCUUCGAACAGGUGCUCACCGACAUCACWGAGGCCAUCAAGCUGGAGAGCGGCGUGGUUAAGAGGAUCUACACACUGGACGGAAAGCAGGUCACCUGUCUUCAGGAUUUCUUUGGUGAUGAUGAUGUCUUCAUUGCCUGUGGCCCAGAGAAGUUCCGCUACGCCCAGGAUGACUUCUCCCUGGAUGAGAAUGCACACUACCCCUCUGGAACCAAACCCAAAUCAGCCCAGGGGGCCUUUAAUAACCAAGGUCAGUGGGGUCAUGCCGACAUCACACUGACAUCAUAUCAUGUCUGCUGGAGACCACUGAGUUGGCCUGGGUGGGGCCAGAGGCAGGGGAAGGACUGAGCCCUAUCUCUGGUC